AUGGAGAAAUAUGGAGGCACAGCCGUGAUUUCGACCUUGACUGGUAAGACCAUCACUUUGGAAGUCGAAUCUUCUGACACCAUUGACAAUGUCAAGUCCAAGAUUCAAGACAAGGAAGGUAUUCCACCAGACCAACAAAGAUUGAUCUUUGCUGGUAAGCAAUUGGAAGACGGUAGAACUUUGUCUGACUACAACAUCCAAAAGGAAUCCACCCUUCACUUGGUCUUGAGACUAAGAGGUGGUAUUAUUGAACCAUCUUUGAAGGCUUUGGCUUCUAAGUACAACUGUGACAAGUCUGUCUGCAGAAAGUGUUACGCUAGAUUGCCACCAAGAGCUACCAACUGUAGAAAGAGAAAGUGUGGUCACACCAACCAAUUGCGUCCAAAGAAGAAGUUAAAAUAG